UAAGCCAAAUGAUCUACAGUUGACAAUACUCAUGUUAAAAAUGGAUGAGGAGGGUAAUCAGAAGAGAGAUGAUGCUGAUGAGAUUUUACAAAAAAAGUUGAGAAAAGAUUCCCUGAAAAAUGCAUUAGGAGACAACAGUGAAUGUGACUCUUUGUCUCAGCAGGGAACAAGGUUAAUAUCAGAUAAAGUUUUCAGGAAUCUUGAGAAGGAAAGAAAAGAGAAUGGCACAAACAAAAGGGCAUGGCCGGGAUCACCAAACUCGGACACUGCUGAAGCAGAGAGACCUGAAAAUAUCUCCAGAAAGAGAAAGUUGAUUUCUUCUGCCAAUGAGAAAGACAGUGACAGCAAGUUGCACAAAGUUGUAGCUGAAGAAGAAGGUAGCAUAGAAGCUGGAGUUGUAAAAAUUGAAGGAGUCACCGGCUGUCAUGAUGAUAAUGUAUGUAAUUCACAUUUCAUGUGCUCACAUUGUGAUUUCACGUGUGCUGAUGGUGCCAUACUGAAAAUUCAUAAGGAAACUAAACAUUCUCGAGAGGAUUCAGCUGCUGUUCCUGAAAAGCUACCUUCUUCAGAAGAAAUCAGUGUUGACUGUAGAGCUGAAAACAUGGACGAAGAUCUUAAAGGCAAAACACAUGAUCAGUUUUUACCAUCCUGCUCUGAUUUAGAAAAGCAUAUACAAGAAAGCCACUCUCAACGAUCCAAAGAGCAAACAUGCCCUCAGUGUAGUUGCACAACUAAAUGUAAUUCAACAUUACAUACACAUGCUAAGCAAGAUCAUGAGAAUUCCAAGAUAUUUUGUUGCGAUCUUUGUGGUUUUCAGAGUGCUGAGGAAAAUCUCCUAAAUUCUCAUUUCCUUGGCAAGACACACCUUCGACGCCAAAAUCUUGCUGCACGGGGAGGAUUUGUACAAAUAUUGACCAAAAAAUCCUUUAAAAAACCACAGUCUACUGUAACCAGAGAGAAGAAUGUGAGAGCAAGACCCGGAAGCAGUAAAUUAAAUGCAAGGACUGCUGAUGCAAAAGAAUUAAAGGUUUGCAGUGCAUUGGAGAACUCAAAUGUAAGCUUGUCUAAACAAAAUGAUGGCACUGAACUUCUUGCCGAAAUGAUACCAUCUACAAAUGUUCCUGCUGAAAAAACAGAUAAUGUGGGAGGAAAGCUGCUUUCUUCCAGUGUAGAAGGAGAUAAUGAAGGUCAUACUGAAAAACUACAAAUACCUGGACCCUCAGAUUUCUUUCAGAAUUCAGAAUUCCCUCCAAUUACCAGAAGGCUAGUUAGCAGUUUGAAUGUGACAAAGAGAUUUGAUAGACUGGAACAUAAAAGAAAUAUUGUAUUGCUAAGGGCUCCUUUUGGAGGAAAUAGAUCUUUUAGAUUAAAAAGGCAAGUUAAAAGAAGGUACAAUUUGUUGGGUAAGAGAAACAAGUCUGAAACUCAAAGAGCGUACAAGAAGCAUAUCUCUAGCACAAAGCUUAAACCUAGUGAUUCAAGCCCUACAUCACAUACAGAAUUAGAAACAAAUGAUAAGAGUCAUUGUAAUACUGCUUCAGAAAUUCAAGAUCUUACUCAAGUGAAGCCAAAUACUCUUUCUUCUAGCACUACAAAUACUAAAAAUUCUGAAGUUGAACUUAUUGCAAAUCCUAGUGUUCAUCACACUUGCAUUGACUGUGGUCAUGCCUUUCAGAACAAAGAAAGUUUGGAAAUUCAUGUUGUAAAUUUUCAUACAAAAAGUAUUCAGUUUCAUUGUCAGACAUGUAGUUAUUCCUGUGGAGUCAAGGAAGACUUGCAGCAACAUUGUCAGAAUACUAAACACCAGAUGGGAAAUUGUAGCUUUAAUUGUCAACUUUGUUCAUUUACCAGCUUGAAUGUGAUAAACUUUCAGAGCCAUAUGAGUGAAGUGCAUAAUAUGUCCCAUAGUUGUCCAACUUGUGUUCUUUUUUUUCAAACACAAGAAGAGCUGAUAAAUCAUCAAAAAGAUGAGAAACAUGAUAGUUCAUUAUUUCAACAAGUGACUCCAUUGAGUAACAGUGGUCUGACCUUGCAAAUGGUAAGUUAUGCUGACUCAGUAUCAAGCAGUAGCCAAAAACUUGCAAAGGAAAUUAAAGUAUCAAUGAAAACAAAACCUCCAGACUCUUCCAUUGUAAAUCAUAAAAAUGAACUAAAACAUUCUGUUCUGAGUAAAACCCAGUUUCACUGUAAAAAGUGUUUUUAUAAGACGAGAUCUUCCACAGUUCUUACAAGGCACAUAAAACUCCGACAUGCACAGGAAUAUCACUUUCUCUGCAAAGCAUGUAAUCUUUACUCCCUGAGUAAAGAAGGAAUGGAGAAGCAUAUCAAAAGAAGCAAGCACCUUGAAAAUGCUAGGAAAAAUAAUAUUGGACUGCGUUUUGAGGAAUGCAUUGAAAAGGUUUGUGUUGGGGUUGGUGGUAUUAAAACAGUGAUGGAUCCUUCCAUUUCUGGAAAUGAGAAUACAGAGUUUGAUAAAGAAAUUGUACAUGUUCCAUCCUCUACUGUAGAAAACAUUUUGAGAAAUAAGGAAUUUGUUCCAGUUGAUCAAAGAAUUGGUGAAAAUGAAUUGGUUUUAGCUAAUGCACCAAAAAGAGGGAGACCCAAAGGCACUAUUUCUAGAACGUGCACCCAUUGUGGUCUUUUGGCCUCCAGUGUUACAAAUUUGACUGUUCAUAUCAGGCGAAAGCACAGCCAUCAGUACAGCUAUUUGUGUAAGGUUUGCAAUUACUACACUGUAACCAAAGGAGAUAUGGAGCGUCAUUGUGCAACCAAAAAACAUAAAAGUCGUGUGGAAAUAGAAGGACAAGGAAAACAGAACUCAGAGAUUAUUGUUAGCCCUGAAGGAGGAAAUUUUGAUUCUACAAGCAAGAAGGUUAACAGCCCCAUGCCUGUAUUGUGUGAACAUGUUGAGGACAGUAGCCAGACUUUAGAUUUGGGAAAUUCUAUCAUAGACCAUCAAGAAGUUGAGCAAGGAAACACUGAGGUAAAUGUUGAAAAUGCUAGCAGGUUGCCAGAUUUGGAGCAUGCUAAGAAUUCGUUAAAUAUAAAGCAAGCAUUUCUUGAAUCAGCAAAGGAUACCCAGGAUGGUGACCCCUGUUUGCAGAGAAGAAUGGUGGGUGCAAAUGACAACAAGUGCAUGCACUGUGACUUCACUGCUCAUUCUUCCUCUUCAUUGGAGUUGCAUGUAAAACGAAAGCAUACAAAACAAUUUGAAUACUACUGCAUGGCUUGUGACUACUAUGCUGUAACUCGCAGAGAGAUGAUUAGGCAUGCGGCAACAGAGAAACAUAAAAUUAGAAGAGAAUCUCAUGUUUGUUUGUCUGUGGAGGAAGCAAACACAACAGAUAUUACUAAAGAAGGCUCAGCUCUGUCCCAAGAGGAGAACCAUCACAGUGCAGUGAAAACUGUUUUAAGUGAAAUGAAAUGUGCCAGUGAUGCACCAGAAAGUGAUCAUACGUGUAAAAGCUUAACAGAGUGUGUUGCCUCAGAUGAAAAUGCAUUUCCAGAAAUGCCUAAAGAAGGCAGUUCCCAAAAUAAUGUGGAAAGCGUAGUUGAAGAGGAAACUAAAAAUGGAGGAGAAAAUAUUUUAUGUGAAGGAUUCCAGGGAGCUCCUCAGAAAGAUAGUACUCAUAAGCCUGAUGAAGAGAUACCAAUUAAAGAGGCAGGUACUUAUGAGUUGCAGAGAAGUGGACAUGGUCAGGAGCUGCUUAACUCAGGGGAUUGCCCAGCAGAAAAUGAAAAUAGAUCAGGUGACACAGACUUGAAGUCAGGAAAAGGCAAGGAAAACUUGGAAGCAAAAAGAGAAAAACCUGAAGCGGAUGGUAGAAACACAGACGUUAUUGAAGAAAUAUCACUGAAAGAAAAUAACCCACUUAUGCUAAGUUUUCCAGAAACAAAAAGUGCAGCAUGGCAAUCAAAUCUAGCUGGAAACAUUGGAGAGAUGGUGCAAAAUAUGCAUAGUUUAGAGGGUGACAGAAGUUUCAAAAAGAAUCCUACUGGGGAAGAGGAAGAAGCCCUUAUGGAAGCACAACAUGAAGCAGAAGUAACUAUAAAUAACCGUAUUUGGGAGGCAGAUGGCUCAACAGCUGAGGGCAUGCAAGAAAGUAGUAAUGAGGCUUUAGGAACAGUCACCAGUACUGAUGAUAAACGAAAGGCAGUGCAAAAUUUUGGCAAGUUUGAUUCUUCUAUAGUAAGAUUAAAAAGCAAUCAAGAUGGGGAGCCCAUUGACCAUUCAGAUGAAGGACAGGUGCCAGGUGGAGUGAGAACUGGUGAGUUUGCAGUGAAGGCAGACGCUUCACCAAGUGGUGGGAAAAAGAAGAAGUCAGAAGGCGUUUCCCUUGGGGAACUGACACGUAUUCGCUGCGAUGACUGCGGCUUUCUAGCAGAUGGUUUGAGCGGACUAAAUGUUCACAUAGCCAUGAAACAUCCUUCAAAAGAAAAACAUUUUCAUUGUUUACUCUGUGGAAAGUCAUUUUACACAGAGAGCAACCUUCAUCAGCACUUGGCCAGUGCUGGGCACAUGCGCAAUGAGCAGGCAAGCGUGGAGGAGCUGCCUGAAGGAGGUGCAACCUUCAAAUGUGUGAAGUGCACGGAGCCCUUUGAUUCAGAGCAGAACUUGUUUCUCCAUAUCAAAGAGCAGCAUGAAGAACUUCUGCGGGAAGUGAAUAAGUACAUUGUGGAGGACACUGAACAGAUAAACAGAGAGAGGGAAGAGAACCAAGGCAACAUCUGCAAGUAUUGUGGGAAGAUGUGUAGAAGUAGCAAUUCCAUGGCCUUCCUAGCUCACAUUCGUACCCAUACAGGAUCAAAGCCAUUCAAGUGCAAGAUAUGCCACUUUGCAACAGCUCAGCUCGGAGAUGCCAGAAACCAUGUCAAGAGGCACCUUGGGAUGAGGGAAUACAAGUGUCAUGUCUGUGGGUGAGUAAAUUGAAACGGUUUCCACCAUGGUUAACCAGGAGAAGAGUGCAGGAUAUGCAUUGUUUCAGAAUUGAAAACUGUGAUGUGAGCAAGAGUGGCUAAAAUUAUGCAUGCAUAUCCUCCUUUCCAUUGUUAUGGUAAAUUCCUUAAAUACAGUUAUGACAUUCUUUUCCCACUUCUAAUCCUGCACUGAAGAUGAGCAAUUUUAUGGGCUACAAGGUCAAUUUGAACCUGUAAUCUGUAAAUUGACUAAAUUAUAGGAUGUUCAUUCACAUUGCCAGGGAGAACUGUAAAUUCCAUUUAAAGACAUAAAAAAUAUAUAAUAUAGACUUUAGUGUGUGGGGUUUUUCUUUUGCUAUACUGUUAUAAUUUUAGUACCAUUAACAGAUUUCUGGACUCCAUUAGGUUCUCAUCCUUUACGAAAACAAAACAGAAGGCUGGUUUUUCAAACAAAUGCGUCUAAAAUAUUGCAGACGUAAGACUUUACAAAUAAAUUGAAGUCUUUUAUGUAUGCUUGUGUUCUUGUUUGCUACCAAAAGAAUCUUGGUUUUCUUUUUUAUUUAAUCGUUAUUUCCUCAGAAGGAUCGUUCAUAAUGUUUAAUUGUCCUUCAAAUGUGUUGCAUUUAAUAGGAGGCAUUGAGACUCCUUAAUGCAAAACUAAUUAAUUUAGCAGAAAUGUUUAAAAGGUUUUAAAAUGCCAUGGCAUAUAUGGUACAUCAUAGGACAUUCAAAGUUGGAUUUUAAUACCCUACUUCUGAUUAAAAAUAUAUUUUAAUGUUAUUAUGCUAGAGAAAUUAACUAAUAUAUGCAUCAUAUAAAAACACUUUACUCAAACCUAUGUAACCUGCUAUAGCAGCCUUAUGGCUAAUGUGUAGAACGGCACAGGUUCAAUUAAAUGAUGCAGUGCACACAUGAAUGGUGCGGUGUGAUGUUAGGGAUAAUAGUAAGCGGGAAGGAUUUUUUUUUUUUAGUCUUAGUAUACUGAUCUACUGCAGGACAAAGUGAGUUACACAUUUUAAAGGACAAGUGAAUCUUCAGCUGAAGAUGCAGCUGAGUGAUUUUCACUGAUUCAUCUCUCUGUUUUUCAAAUAAUUUUGCAUGCUGCAUUAUGAGAUACUUUGGAUGUUUUUACUCACUUACAAAAAUUAAUUGCUGACUUCUUGUAACACGAAAUUAAAAUGUAUGAGCCUAAUUCUUAAGUCCACUGAAUAUCAACAGUAGAAUAACUUGUGCUACUCUUUAUUUUGCAGCAUGCUUAUAAUGAACUUCAUGUGUAGUAGUCUAUUUUAUGUUGUUUGAAAAAUCUUAUUUGCUGUCUCUGCUAUAUAGAUUGCUGAGAAUUUGGCAUGGAAGAUGAUUAACAGUUGCAAAUUCACUGUUUACAUGGGGCUAGGCUCUUUUCUUUAGAAAUUGUCAACAAAUUUGACAGUGGUUCUUUCUUCAAUUCCUUUUUAACUUCUAAUGAAAAAUCACAUUAUAUAACUAUGUAAUAAUCCAUACAAAAUCAAAAAAUUUGAAAUAGUUAAUACUGAAUCUUAUAUUUAAAAAAAAAAAAAGAAAAAGAAAUGAAUGGACUGGGCUUCGGUACAGUUUCUCACUUCUCAAAAAUUCGUUCCUUCCCUUCAGGGUUGAAGUGUUCUUGGAAUCUUGUCUCAGAAAAUGCACAGCUUGGUUGUAGUUCCUGACACAAAUGGUUUAAACAGUAGAUAUGAAUGUUAGUGACUUUGGUAACCUGAUUGCUUACUGUAUGUUGCUGAUAUGUCAUAUCUGGUAGCCAAACAGGUACUUAUUUUCCAUUUCUGUAUGUUGUUGUAUUAUCAAU